GGUUAACGUUACCUACAGUUCACUUUACCCACGACGCAACCUAUUGGAAUAACACCUUACAGAUCAUAGUGCUGUCUUAUACUUCAAAGACAUUUCAAUAUUACUUCGUAACAUGAUAAAACGCUGACAGCACCAUCAAAAGUACUUGUGUACACUACCGAGUGAGGUCCAGAGUGUCUGCCGCAACGGUAUAGCGUGACCCGGAAACAGUUGAACCUCGCCCACUAAGCGGACACCCCGAAACCCCCAUACGGUGCGUAUUUCGGCUUGAAAACAAUGGCGAAACCAUAGGAAAAAGCCGUCGAAAAUCGGUCAACUUUGACAUCAAAUAUAUACUUUCUCGUAAAAGUCCAUCGCUUGAGAUUCACAAGGCAGAUAGAACAACUCGUGGGGAUUACGAGGACACCUUUGACAGCCUGAUUUAGCCCACCGCAAUUUUUUAAUCUUUUUUAUACGUGACCAUGUCAAGUGCCUCAAACGGGCGUCUAACAGUGAUCACGGGUGCCAAUGCAGGUAUUGGCAGGGAGACGGCACUGGAUCUCGCCCGUAGAGGCGGCCGGAUCAUCCUGGCCUGCCGGAGCCGAGAGCGAGCAGAGGAAGCCAGGCAGGACAUCAUCCGGCAGACAGACAACCAGAACGUCGUGUUCAGGAAACUGGACUUGGCCAGCCUCGAGUCCGUACGGCAGUUUGCGGAGGAGAUGAAACGGGAAGAAGGGAGACUCGAUAUCCUGAUCAACAAUGCAGGCCUGUGCUGGCACUCUGAUGAGAAGACUGCAGAAGGGUUUGACCUACAGUUUGGAGUGAACCAUUUUGGCCACUUCCUCCUCACCAACCUACUACUGGACCUACUGAAGAAGUCUGCCCCCUCCCGUAUUCUAGUGGUCUCUUCCAUGAUGCACAUAUAUGGGAAGCUGGACUUCACGCCGACCAAUGAAAACGGUGAUAGAUACCCGAACCUGAAAUCAUACUGGCCGAGCAAGCUGGCCAACAUCCUAUUCGCAAAAGAGUUGGCCAGAAGACUGGAAGGCACGGGCGUGACAGUGAACUCACUCCACCCUGGAGUUAUCUACACAGACCUGUGGGACAGCAUCAAGGCAGACCAUGGGUUUGUCUGGGGAACAAUUAUGAAGGGAUUCUGCUGGGUACUGAUGAAGAGUGCACGUGAGGGAGCCCAGACCACCAUCCACUGUGCUGUGGAGGAAACUUUACACAAUGUCACGGGCAGGUAUUUUGCAGACUGCAGCAUAGCAGAGGAGUCUGAAGAUGCAAAGGAUGAUGGUCUGGCCAAGAAGUUGUGGGAAGUUAGCGCAGAGGUGACAGGAUUGGAGUAGACUCUGAACUACUGCAGUGAUCUAAAUUUUGACAGGAUUUUUGUACUGCAAGUUUGAAAACUGACACAGCAAGCUCAAACAGACCGCUCUCUCUGGGAUGAGACCACUGACUGAUUCCACUUAUAUUAAUUACUCACUCAUGAUCACUUUCCGGUUUAUCGUCUGUUGUUCCCGUCUCAUGAAUGUUAAACAUUCUGAAUGGACUCCAGGAAGAAUAGAGUUUACGAGAAAAUUGUAAAGUCUAAUGGAGAUCUGAAUAAACAAACAAACAAACAUGAAUGUAAAACAUGCUUGCAAUUGCUCAUAUACAUAAAUGUUAUGGCAUAAUAUCAAACCACCAGGAGAUGAAGGUCUUCCCUAUUGUUAUCAAUCCUUCCAUGAUCAUCGUACUGAUCUUUCUGGGCCACUUAGCUUCCUUUACACCUUGGACCAUGAUGAUCAUCAACAAAGUUGAUGUAUGGCCAGGUAACAGCCUAGCUGUUUGUGGAUGGACUAGAUCAAAUCAAUAUAUUGUUUUAGAGAAAAGACAACAAAAUAUGUUUGGAAGUUAGACAUUAUACAUUAUGUUUAAAUUAAAGACAAGAAGUUGUUUUCCCUUCCAGAUGAUAACUUCUCUGAAACAGAACUAGAGUUACUUGACCUAAAUGAUAACAAGUUGUAAGACUGACAAUGCUUCUCAUUGUUUUGUUUUGUUUUUAGUCUAGAAAAAAAAGAGGAUAGACAAUGGAAAUCUAAGAAACAGUGAGGUCCACCAACAUGGUUGGCAGCUCUUUUGCCACAUUCUCCGUAUGCUACUGAACUGACUGACGUACACUGAUUUGGUUAUCGAUGGCAUUGUAUACUGUAUUUUAUCUGUCUAUCUAAGAACUAAGAACAGUCAGUUUUAUUAUCAUUAAGAAACAAUGCCUGAACCUGUUGUGGCCUGACCCAUGCCAGUUUUGCAAAAGUGAAUAUGUAGAUUUAGAUAGUGGACACUGUAAUAUCUGUAGUUACCAGAUCCCCACAUCCUAUAGGCAGUCAGUCUGUUCAUUUUGUAUAUCAUACCGAUAAUGUGAAAUAAACUGAAAGUUCACAUG